ACACUCACCAGCUACUUUGUUAGGUAACCUGUUCAUCUACUCUUGAACUCAAAUAUCUCAUCACCAAACCACAAGCCAGGAUCUCGGUGCAUUUAGGAAUGUAGACAUGGCCAAAACAACUUACUGAAGUUUAAACUGAGCCUUAGAAUGAGGAGGGAAGGCCGAUUUAAGUGAUUUUAAACUCAAGUUGUUGGUUUCUAAAACUGAGGAUCUACUGGGAUUUUCCCACAUGACCAUCUCUAUGGUUUACAGAGAAUUAAUGGAAAAAGAGAAAAUAUCCAGUGAGCAGGAGAUAUCUGGGUGGAUAUUUCUUGUUGAUCAGAGGAGAAUCCAGACAGACUGCUUCAAGCUGAGAGGAAGGCAACUGUAACUCAAAUAACCACUUACUAUAUUAUAAUAUACACAGAAGAGCAGCUCUGAAAACACAAAAUGUUGAACCUUGAAGCAGACAGGCUAAGGCAGCAGAAGACCACAGCAAGUGCCACUCGUGUCAGCCUUUUUGCUUUCUACUCUUUUGUAAAGUGUCCUUGGGUAUUUUGAAAGUGUUAUACACAUCAAAGUUCUUCUUCUUCUUAUUAUUAUUAUUAUUAUUAUUAUUAUUAUUAUUAGCCAAGAAGAGGUAACUGAGGCUAGUAUUCACACAAACUCACUAAAAUCGGAUAUUAGCAGAUUGAAAUAAUUCUGUCUCGUAUUAAUGGUUCAUGCUGGUGUAUGUGCAAUGAUGUGGGUGAUAUUUUCUUGGAACACUUACUGUUGCUGACUACAUCCAUCCCUGUAUGACCACAGUGUAUUGAUUUUCUGAUGGCUACUUGCUGCAGGAUAGCACGCCUUUUGGAUGUUAGGGUGGAACAGUAGAUUCUCAUCAGGAAUGUCCAGCUAACAAAACUGCAGCAGCUGCAUCUCCGAGAAGUGUUUCCAGCACCUUACUGAAAGAUGGAAGGAAAGCAAGGAAUAAGUCAGUUCUGAGGGCAAAAGGUGGGCCAGCCCAGUAUUUCAGUCAGUAGUCAGGUUGUUUUGAGUUUUAAUACCACGGCUGACAUUAACAUUUUAAACCUGCUGUUGUGAAGAAGGGAUUCAAACUGAUUCAAACCUUCAUGUUGGGGAAACAAUCAGGAGUGCCUGUAUAGUUCUAAAGACAGAAAUGAAAUAUAUUAAAUUAAAUAUAGAGAUUAACACAGUUGAAAUUACAAUAGUAGAAACACAUGCAGGAACCAUCUCUGUUCUACUAUUUAAGUAUUUGUGAACAGUUGAUAACCCCAGUGACUGUUGACUCUGCCAGCCACCAAAAGUGAGGCUUUGUCUCUGUUUUAUAGCUUUUUAUAGCAGUUAAUGUGAAGUUUCAUCAUGUUUGCCUGCAGCUCUGCAGACAGGGAGGACACAACGUAGAGAGAGGCAGCUGCGCUGAUUGUAGACUUACUGUGUCGCCUUUGUGUCAGCAGAGAAAGGAGGCUUUAUCUGCUGCUGCCUAGACUAUUUCUUUUACAAGUGUCAGCGUUAGACUUUUGUCACUGCCUUCCAGCCUAGAGCCACAUAAUGGCAACACACAAGACACAGUGUUUUAGAAGCAAAACACGCUCCUUGUCAGGUUUUGGGAUUCAGUUUUCUUCAUGCUGGUUUUACCUGUGAUAUGUUUGUGUCUGUAACGGUGAUUACAGCGCAGCCCUGAGGGCUCCUAGUGUCCCUCUCUAGAGAGAGCCGUGGAGACGUUGGACAUUCCUUUGCACAUCGAUGUCUCUAACUCCGAGUCGAAAGCCCUCCUCAGGUCAGCGCAGGCGCUCGGUGGGAACUAGUGGCGGCAGCGGGCGAUAUUCCCACAGCGACACAUCCAGUACUCACACCUACCCUGGUCGAGUUAGGCCACCAGAGGGCAGUCCCACAGCCCGGACUUAUCCCAGUACCCCCAGACGUCAGGUGAAGCACACAGCUUGCAGCGACAACCAUGGGAUCAGGCCCCCGACCCCAGAGCAGUACCUUACACCCCUUCAACAGAAGGAGGUGUGUAUACGACACCUGCGAGCCAGACUGAGGGAAAAUGUGGAAAGGCUACAGCACAGGGACUGUGAAAUAGAUGAGUUAAGGGCACAGCUGUACAGGAUGCAGGAAGACUGGAUAGAAGAGGAAUGCCACCGUGUCGAGGCCCAGUUAGCCCUAAAAGAGGCCCGCAAGGAGAUCCAGCAUCUCCAGGAGGUGGUUGAGUCGGUAAGGUCCAACCUGGGUGUACGGCAACAAGACUCCCAUGACCACAAGCCAUUCUCAGGGUUGCAGGGAGGUCGGCCAGGCGGGAAGUCUCGCUCCUGUGGAUGUUCCCCAGCCAGCACUUUAACCCGCAGCGCCGCCCACUCCAGACUGAGCAGCGAGGCUCUGCAGCUGGAGCGCGGCUCAAGUGCUCCCGAGCCGAGCGGAGCAUCGCAAACAGCAGGACAAACUCACCUGCUCCUGGAGGCGGCCCUGCUGUCAGAGCAGCUGCCGGCACAGAGCCACAUCCGAGGCCCCCCAGCUGUGCCACGCUCUUCCACCUAUGAAAGGUUGUGCAGCGGUGGGGCUGUGUUGCCAAUCUCACACUCCUGCCACACUCUCAGUAGCAGCUGCAGGUGCAGUGGACACACCUACCUCCCCCACCAUCACUUGUUUCUGCACUUACCUCAGGAGGAGGCCCCAGUUACGGCUGCUGCAGUCCCGGUUACGGCUGCUGCAGUCCCGGUUACGGCUGCUGCAGUCUCUGCUACUGAGUCUAACCCCAUUCCUGUUCCUGCAGCAGAGAAGAAACCAGAGGUCCGCUCCCAGGCCUGCAGCCCCACCAUGACCUGGCUUUGUGAAGAAAGCAGUGCAGAAGGCCCAAGUGUAAUUUCUUUAGUCUCAGCAGACAUAACCCCAUCAGAACAACAACGAUUUCCAUCAUCUUUACCUCCUCUAUCCCUUCCUCAGUAUAUUUACAAUGCAGAGCCAUCAGAACCGGACAAACCAGCGGGACCUCAGACCUGCCAGCCCCACCCUACAGCUCCACUACCAGUUAAGCAGGAAGCUACAGUAGUGGAGAUAGAAGAAGACAAUAAGGAUGAAAAUGGAGGAGCUGGUGAAGAAGGUCAUUCCCCUCAGCGAUGCCACUGGAGCCGGUACUUCCUAGUAGAUCUCUUGGCUUUGGCAGUGCCGGUGGUUCCAACCAUGGCAUGGCUGUGCCGAGGAGCACCGCAGGAGGUCAUGCCGGUGUACCACAUCGGGUCCUUGCUGAGAGGUUGCUGUGCUGUGGCUCUCCAUUCACUUCGACGUCAGGGUGCAGGCAGGGGCCGCAGACCCGCCAGCAUGAACGGAACAACAUCAAUCUGAAACUUUCAGCCACGUUUGGCAUUAAGAAAAGACUCCAAACCUCUCCAGGCACAACACUGACUUUACUUUAUAACAUUUCAGUCUCAACCUCGCAUUGGAUAUCAAAACUUAUACGAUUUUUAGAGUCUGUGAUCAUGCUUUGCCUUAGAGAACAAAAGAUUAGUUGUACAUCAAAUACUUUCCUUACUGAUAUAGUCUGUAUUUACUGCUACUGCCUGCACUUUAAGUGGUUUUCUCUUUAUUGCGGUUUGCAUGUAACCCACAGUUUGUUUGGACUCUCUUGCUUGCAUUAAAAAGCCCCUUCAGUAUGCGAUGCCUUCAGAGCAACAAUGUACACAUUAUGAAAAUAAGAGAAAUAGUGUGUGACUGAAUGCUUCUCUAAUUUCAUCAUCACAUUUUCUAAAUUGUUCACAGAGAAUGUGAGAGUCGCAGUCAUGAAAUUCCUUUGGCAUCACUGAUGCCUCACCAAAGCAGAAAAGUACAUUAGAGUCAGCACUUUUGUGACGUGUUCAGAAGCAGUUGAUAAACAGAGCACACAGGGUGUGGGUGCAAGAGAGGAAAAGCAUUUGUUUUUGUAUCACAAACAAGGAAAAAAAAUUUUGGACUUUCUGAGAAGCAAAGAUGUGAACUGACUCUAGUGAGAGUGAAACAGACAGAUGGAAGAUUGUUUUCAAAUUCCUACAGCAUAAGGAAAACUGUAUAGACUCCAUUUCGAUCCUGCUCGGACACAUGAAUAAGGAAGUGCAUCCGUGACCAAGAAUAGAGAAGCAGAAAUCUGCAGGUUAAUACAAGGUUAUUUUACAUAAUGGAGAUAAUGUAAAGGUCUAAAUUGUGAAAAAAUACUUUUAUAAGGACAUUUAUUACAUUUUGGAUCUUAAAGCAAACUAGCGUAGUGUGUGUACGUGUGUGUGUGUGUGUGUGUGAAAGAGAGAGUCUGAUUUGCUCCAUCCUUUAAUGCAGCGGUCCCCAACCCCCGGUCCGUGAGUCGUUUGGUACCGGGCCGCGAGAGUUGAG